AUGAAAGCGGUGCGCCGUUUUGAUCCGGAGCAAAAUGUGCGCCUGGUCAGUUACGCGCUGCACUGGAUUCGGGCCGAGAUACACCAGUACAUUCUGAAAAACUGGCGUAUGGUAAAAGUGGCCACCACUAAGGCGCAGCGCAAGCUGUUUUUUAAUUUGCGCUCGAUGAAAAAUGCCAUGAUGGACGAGGGCGAGGAUGGUGUGCACCGCGCUGCACUCAGUAGUGCCCAAGUGGAGACCAUGGCAAAAACCUUACAGGUCAAGCCCGAACAGGUGCGUGAAAUGGAAAUGCGCUUGGGCGCAGGUGAUGUAGCACUAGAGAGUAAUCCCAACGGGGAUGAUGGUGAGCAAGACUUUGCUCCCAUUGCCUAUUUGCAAGACUCUAGCCACGAACCCACAGCAGUGCUGCAAAUGCGCGAACGUGAAGAGCAGUCUAGUACAGGCGUAGAACGUGCUUUGGCUAAACUGGAUGAGCGUAGUCGCCGUAUUGUGCAAGCGCGUUGGUUGGACGUACAAGACGAUGGUGCAGGUGGGCGCACUUUGCAUGAUUUGGCUGCUGAAUUCGGCGUUUCUGCCGAACGCAUCCGCCAGAUCGAAGCCGCAGCCAUGAAAAAAAUGAAGCUGGAAUUGCUGCAGGCAGGGUAA